AUGUGCAUGUUGAGCCUCUUGCUGUUGAGCCGCUUGCUGUUGAGCCUCUUGCCGUUGAGCCUGAAUCGACUUGGCCUCGAGCGACUGAUCCUCUUGGACGUGCCACUCAACCCAAAAGACAAUUUUGUCGCCCGAGGCUUUGUUGGUCACAAAAGAGGGCAUAAAGUGGAAGAGCCGAGGCGUUGCGGCGAAAACGAGAACGGUCAGUCGACAAAAACCACAAGUAGACAAAAGAAAAACAAGAAGGCGGGUGAUCCCACCCUAAACGAGCCACGCGCGCGCGCGCACCCACACACACGCGCGCUCAUCAUGCCACGCCGUACCGGCGGGCCCAAGCCCAUCACCCCGGGCCUCGCCAAGGAUGAGCUCAUUCGUCGUCUCAAGGCACUGUCCAGCCAUCUGGAAGAAAUUGACAAUGGCCAAAGCACGGACGCGGCUCGUGAGCACGCCGAAGCGCUGCGGCCACUUCUCAGCAACCGCACCGUUAAUGUCCGCGUUCUAGUAGCCUGCUGUCUUGCAGACAUUUUUCGCAUCUUAGUCCCUGAUCUGCCCUACGACGAUGCUGGGGUCAAGGCAGUCCUCGUUCUCUUUGCCUCCCUUCUGCCCGGCAUUGCCGACAUCAAUGGCGCAAGCUUUGAGCGUCACUUUCAUCUCCUCGAGACCUUUGCCGAGACCCAGACCUUCCUGCUAGCCGCACGUCUAGAGCAGCACGGCAUUGUACAGGAUGUCUUCAGCGGCGUUCUCGAGUCGGCCCGUACCGAGCACAACAGCAAAGUCCUUCAAUGCAUGCAAGACAUCCUAGCUUCGACCAUCGAGGAAGACUAUCAACUGCGCGCCGACACCCUUGACGUGCUUUUUCGGGCCAUUUUGCCCGCCAAUAAGGUUUCCCACAGCGCCGCCUAUACUGUGGCUGCCGAAUUCAUCAAUAAGUGUGCCAAAAAGCUCAGCCUCAACGUCACUGCGUACUUCAACGGCCUCCUUGGCAUUGAUGAGGAGGUGGAAAGCGAGCACGCUGAAAAUGCAAUUGAGCUCAUUGAAGCGCUGGCCGCCAUCAACAUCGACGUGCUCAUGCGAGUUGUCCCGCAAUGCGAGACACUCUUGCGCUCCGAAGACGUUCCGCGACGCCUCAGCGCCACUGUCCUUCUGGCCCGUCUCUUUUCACAAGCUCCCACGGAAAUGGCCUCGCUUCAUCGGGCCCAAUGGCACCAUCUUCUUCAGCGCUUGCAAGAUCGAGAACCUAGCAUUCGGGCUGAACUGACGAGCCAUCUUGGCCAGCUGAUUAACAUCAUGCCCACCGAAUUUCGAUCGGACCUGCUUGAUCGACUCAAAACGGCACUGAUGGACAUGGACGAAACGGUACGCUUCAUGGCGGUGGAAACCGCGGCCACGGUGCUUCAGGACCACCUACCGAGCUGCCCCAUGGAAUUUAUCGACACCUUCACAGACCGUCGUCUGGACAAGAAGCUGAACGUACGCAAGCUUGCCAUUGACCGACUUCCCAAACUCUAUCAACACGUGCAGAGCCAAAUCGAGGAAACGGGUUCAGCUGAUGCGGAAACUGAGACCAAGGCUGCCAAACUCGCCGUGGCCACUAUUGCCAGCUUCAACACCCGCGACACGGAGAUUCGUCUACACACGGAGAACGGGUUGCAGAAGCACAUUCUGCCAGACACGCUUGAUCCCAGCCUCAAGGCCCAACGGCUUUUGCACAUUUGCCGCCACGGCAAUGAUCGCUUCUGGAGCGCAGUACGCGGCAUGCUCAAAAUCAAGGCUGGCGUGGCCCGCCUCUUCCGCUCCUACCUUGAGCGGCGACGUGGGACGGACAACUUACGAGAGACUCCGUUUUUCAACACGCUAAAGAUGCAACUCGUGUCUCAAAAGGCACAUGCGUCCAUGGACUUGCUGGACGAAGAGGCCAGUGAGCAGCUUCUGGAUGCUCUGCAAAGCUUUGUCAGCGAAGACUCGCGGCACGCUCUGGUGCUGGUCGAAGCCAAGAAACAACUGACAAAGUUGACACCCAAGAAUUGUGCCAAAGCCGUAACCGAAUUGGUUGUCAAGCUACACCCGUUCCCCUUUGAUUGCGAUGCCGUAGACGCCCUCUUGUUGAGCUUGCAUAGUGCGUCCGAAGCCGGCGAAGACGAGCUCUGUGCCGCUGGCGCAAAAUUUUUGGCUGCCUACAGCGAGGAGGGCCAAGGUGUCUUCUCUUCGCCCGGCGUCUUCAAGUCGCUGACCCGCCUCGCCGCCUCCGACUCGCCCCAACUUUGUUCGUCUUGCUUGGCUAAGCCUGGUCGCACGGCCUUGCGUAUCUUGGCCGCAAGUGGAGAAAACUUGGCGAGCAUUGAACCAGGCCUUCACAAGAUGUUGCGAAAGAAACUCGUGGAACUUGCCACAACUGGAGACGUUGCCGAGGCCGAGCUGGCAGUGGAUGCGCUGGCUGCCAUCUGCGGGGACAAGGCCGAGAGCAGCCACGAAUCCAUCGUCAAGAAAUGCCUUGAGCACUUGGAUCAAGCAGAUGAACGCUUGUCUGCAUCGCUUGCCGCGCUGGCUGGUGUUGCCUGGCAUGCCCCGGAUGUUUUUCGCAAACACGACCCUGACAUUGUAUCGCGCUUCAUCGUCGAUGACCUGCUCAUGAACGCUCGCAGCGCCAUUCCCGAAGAAGACACAUCUACCGAUGAGUGGGUGGAUCAACCUGAUCUGGAUAUUGUCGCCAAGGAGCAAGCCGUACGUUUACUGGUCAAUCGACUUCGGGGCCGCACGCGCUCCGAACACGACGAGGAUCGUCUGACCAAGCUUGGAGCACCCACAUUCCGCCUAUUUCAGCAAUGUCUUGACUGCUAUGGUGACUUCGAACGUGUGCUCUAUCGCAACGUGGAAAAGUCACGCAUGCGACUGGCCGUGGCCUGUGGCAUGUUGGAGCUCGCAGCUACCGAAAUCCGGCAGGUCAUCCCAAUCCAGCUUUGGCACCUCGUGGCCAUGACCAUGCAGGAUUCAUGCGUUGAGGUACGCAGCAAAUUCAAUGAUCGUCUUUACCAGCUUCUGAGCAAGAACAAGUUACCAGUCGGAUACAUGUCCUUUUUUGUCUACUCGGCCAUUGACCCGGAUCCAAAGUGCCGCCGCCUCAGUGCCGAACGACUUCGAGAACUGGUUACACGCAAGCGCAACCUGGCGCGCACCGCCGGACCAUCGACAACGGAAUCCGGUCGUGAACAUCUGCUGCCCGAGUAUUCGUUGCCUUUUCUUCUCCACCUCCUGGCCCAUCACUCCGAUUUCACCUACACGUCCGAAGCCCUCCUAAGCUUUGUGCCAUAUCUCGAGUUUUUCUUUGAAGCCGUCUGUCAUCGCGGCGAGGAGAGUUUCACGUUUCUCAAGAGCAUGGUUGAUGCGAUGAAGCGGAUGGAAGAUGCGGCUGGGGAAGAUUCGACACACUUGUGGGCCGUGUGUGACUUGACGGCAGUGCUGAUUGUGGACCUGGCCUCCCGGCCUGGCUGGAAACUCAAAUCUUUCCCGGGCCACAUUGCACUGCCCAAAGCUCUGUUUCGUCGUCCGACUCGUCCGGUGGACAGCUCUCGCUCGUACCUUCCAGAAAACUUUCAGCUUCGUCGAUCAACGACAGCCAAAACCCCCACUCGCAACAGUGUCCCUGCCACGGCCUCUCAUCGACCGGACUUGAGUGAAUCGGAAGAUGAAGGGAGCCUGCCAUCGGCGAAGAAGAAGAAAAGCACCCCUCGCUCAACUGGCAAGCGCAAGACCAGUCGCACGCCAACAGCCGCGGCCACGCCGCCACCACAACGCCGAAGCGCGCGUGCGGCCAAACGCAUCAAUGAUAGUCUAGCUGAUCUCGAUGACGAUGAGCUUGAUGCACAAGCACUGCGUGACAACAUAGUUGCGGAAACGCCGCAAUCAGCCCCCAACUCGCAUGAUUCGACCAAAACGCGCGGCCGCCGAAUUGGACGACCGCCGGCGCCCGCUCUGUCCGAUGAGGAAGAUGAGGACAAGAAUGACGCUGCCACGUCGCCAGGCAAAGCGGUCCCUGCCUCACCUGAGCCUGAGGCUGAGCCUGACUCCCCCCAACCAGGAGCAAGGCAAACACGGCGCAGUGGCCGCACCGCAGGCAAAACGCAAGCGGCUGCCUCGGAUGCCGCCCCAGCGCCCAAGCUUCCGGCUCACUUGUUGUACAACGGUCUCGUUGCUUGGGCGCUUUUGCAACGCAGGGGUGAGGACAAUCAGUCAGCUGCGCCAUAUAUCCUGCUUUGCUUGAAGAAGAACACGAGCGAGAGUGAACUGGCCGAGAAGCUCGAGGAUCUGAUCGAGGGACCAGCUCGGCCUCUUGUGGCUGAACUGUUUGCCGUCCUCCGCUCCAACAGCUACACCACGGCGACCAGUGCCAGCAGCUCAACUCAUGCAGCCUCCAGCAAGACCAGCCAGUCGGCCCCCAGCAAGAGCCGAUUGCCUGCACCGCCAUCCCCGCCGGCGCAGGACCAAUCGGCAGCACCUGCGCCAUCUACCACGACAUCCAGUGACGCCAAUGACCAUGGCGAUAAGCCCACACAUACCGUUGAGGCACAAGCCCCGACGAGCGAGGGGCGCGACCGUGACCUGGAUGACCACCCACGCCGGCGCCGCUCGCUUGAGGAUGAUGAUGACAGGGAAUACCGCCGACGUGGAGACAGUCCCGAGUCAGAACGUCCCCAGGCGGCCAGCCGCCUGGACCGUGCUGUGCGCGAGAAAUCUGAUGACAACAACGGCUAUCGAUCAAACAACUCUAAUCAAUACAAUUCUCAUCAGCAAGACCGCUGGCGCAUGCCACCGCGACGAGACAUGCGUGGUGGACGCGGUGGCAGCAACAUGCCCCGUCGCGGCCCCAUGCCACACAACGCGCCUCCGUUUGGCAUGGGUUUUGGUCGCCCCGAUAACAUGCCUAUCAUGAUGGGCAUGGCCAACAUGCAGGAGUUGCAGAACAUGCAGCAUUUACAGGACAUGCAAGGCAUGCCCAACAUGCCCAUGAACAUGCAGAACCUGCAAAACAUGCAAAACAUGCAAGGCAUGCCCAACAUGCCCAACAUGCCCAACAUGCAGGGCCCGAUGUUUAUGGGCCCCUCCGACAUGGGCCCACCAAACAUGGGUCCGUCGAACAUGGGCCCGCCAGACAUGGGUCCGCCAGACAUGGGCUCACAAGACAUGAACAUGCCCAGCAUGGGCCCGCCCAACAUGGAGUCGAUGAUGCGGGGAGGAGCACCCCCACCUAUGGGUGGUCCUAUGGCCUUUCACGGGGGUGAGGGUCCUGGCUCGGGCUACGGCAAUAAUUAUCCGCCACGCGGGCAUCGCAACCGCCGAGAUGCCCACGCCCCGCGCCGCACGGGUGGACCGAACCACCAUGGCGGUGGCGCGGGUGGUCCUUCGCCCAUGCAAUCGGCCCUUAUGGCCCUUGCCCCGCGCGCGGAUGACCCGCGGCCGGCUCCCACGAUGCCAACCCAACAGCCUCGCCACCGCCCUGCGCCCCCAGCGACCACCCUUGAAGUCACGGGUGUUCCAUCCAGCCUGAUGGAUGAGGACAAGAUUCGCGAGUACUUUGCGGGCUUUGGGGAUUUGGAACUAGUGGUCAUGAAUAAGGAUCAGAAUGGCAAUCCCGCUAGCGAUACCGUCUUGGUGCAAUUUUGCGACUUGGACCAUGCCAAGCAAGCCUUUACCUCAGAGAAGGCCGUAUUGGAUAACCGCUUUAUCAAGCUCAACUUCAGUCGCCGACCUGCCCAAAGCCUUGCCAAGAGUGCCUCGGACACGGGGCUGGACUCGGCACCCGAGCAGACAGAAGCCGAACCCGAGCUCAAGCCAUCACAAAAGAUUGUUCCCAAGUGGCAAGCACAAGAGCUUGCCGCCAAAACGCAACGCAAGCGUGCUGUAGACAUGGAACGGAAGCGGCAAGACUUGAUCAAGAUGACAAUGAAAUCUCAACAAGACUUGCUCAAGGAGCUCGAGACUACGACUUUGAGCGAUGCUGAACGCAAGAAGAAGAUGAAGGACUUGCAGCAGAGCAUCAAGCUGCUCAACCAACUGAAAGCAAAGAAGCCAAGCAUUCCCAUUCCUGAACCCGCACGUCGUCCCAGCACGGAUAGCACAGAUUCAGGGGCGCCAGCGGCCAAGCGCGUGGCAGCAGGUUCAGAAGAGACAGCCCCUGCCGCGGGUGAUGUAUCCACCACGCGGGGUCGUGGUUUAUAUCGUGGCCGUGGCUACACUCGUGGUCGCAGCUGGGGCCGGGGCCGGGGCCGUGGCCGGGGUCGUGGCCACGCGACGACAACCGUGCUCGACGUCACCGGAUAUCGACCUGACCAUUUUGACCUGUUGACCCCAUACUUUGCGUGCUUUGGCAACUUUGUAAGCGUAGUGCAAUCAGGAGAUCAAGGACGAGCCCUCGUCACCUUUAAGGAUCGCCGUUCCGCAGAGACGGCCAAAGAGCGUGCGCGCAAUUUCAAUGGUCGCGCACUCGAGAUUGAGUGGUUUGAUCCGUUUGCGGAAACACCGGCCACGGAGGACUCUGUUUCAGAACAAGCCAAGGGACAAGAAGCAUUACCAACAACAUCGGAAAACAAGGACGCUGAAGAUGGUGCUGCAGCGACUGCAUCGACCACUGCGCCGGAUGAAGGUGCAGAGACGCAGGCAGAAGGCACCGAUCAGGUGGCUGCCUCUGAAUAA